CAAAUUUAUGUGCAAACGGAAGAAUAAGGUCCAUUAACGGAAAACCCAAAUUCCUACGCCAGGUUCUUUCUUCUUUUUUCUCCGGCAACUUCCUUCCGGCGACAUCGAGUUGUUAGUUGUUAUUUGGCUUCGAUAAAAGAAGCAUUGAUGAAGCCGCAGUCGGCAUGGGGCUCACUAAAGAACCCGGUGAAAUUCAAAAUUCCAACCGCGGAGAAUCUUGUUCCUAUUCGUCUGGACAUUGAAAUUGAUGGUCAAAGAUUUAGAGAUGCUUUUAGUUGGAAUCCAAAUGAUCCUGACUCAGAAGUGGUGGUUUUCGCGAAAAGAACUGUGAAGGAUUUGAAGCUUCCUCCUGGGUUUAUCACUCAGAUUGCUCAAUCCAUUCAAUCACAAUUAACAGAAUUUCGGUCAUAUGAAGGACAAGAUAUGUACACUGGCGAGAGAGUUGUUCCUAUCAAGCUUGAUCUCCGAGUAAAUCAUACAGUUAUCAAGGACCAUUUUUUCUGGGACUUGAACAAUUUCGAGAGUGAUCCUGAAGAAUUUGCACGGACUUUUUGUAAAGAUAUGGAAAUUGAAGACCCAGAAGUUGGACCUGCAAUUGCCAUAUCAAUUCGAGAACAACUUUAUGAGAUUGCGAUGCAAAGUGUUGCAUCCGCUAGAGAAAGUAGGGCAAAUAAGAAACGUAGAGUAACGGAACAUAUCUCAGCCAGUAAGACAGGUGUACCUGCAUUGGACCUGGUGAAGUUAUUUGGCAUUAGAUCAAGUGUUGUUCGAAAAAGGAAGGACUGGGAUGUAUAUGAACCAAUUGUUGAUCUCCUUUCAAAUGAGGAGGUGGAUGCCCUCGAGGCUAGAGAAGAGAAGAUUGCUCGAUGAUACAGUCAAUGCCCAUUGAAGGAAUACCAGCAUUUGAAAGAGAAAUCAUGUUAAGUUUUAGAUGAUACAAUGAAACUAAUUCCUAGUCUUAGUUCAGCCAAAAUCCCAUGGUAGUUAUAGAUAUUGUUUAGAUUUUAACAUUGAUCCGCAGAUCGCUACAUAGGUUUGUUGAAAGGAUAUGGAACAACACUUCAGUGUCCUGUGUUAAUGUAUCUUCACCGCGCUGAGAAACUAAUGAUAGCUAAUUUAGUUGUGUUCUAAAUCCUGCUAUAUUCGUAAGAGCAACCUACUUUGUAUUUUUGGCAUACAAAGGAUGGAAACAAAGACUGUUGAUAGA